CUGAUGCGCUUUCUCUCUCCAACAAAUUAAUAUAUAGAAUAAUCACUCUUUCUUUAAUCUUAUCCCACCUUCUUCAAUAGUUAUUAACAUUAUCAUAAUCUUCCCUUCUUCCUACUUUCCCCUAUUCUCUCUCUCUAUCUCUCCACAAUAUGGCUGGUUUGGACUUGGGUUCAGCAUCUUCCCAUUUCCUCAACCACUUUCAAAACCGACCUGAUCUCGAAGAUGACCCGAUCCAAUUAUCCAACGACCUAGAAAACAACAAUUCUCAAGGCGGAGAAGUGGUGGGUCGCCGCCCUAGAGGCCGACCAUCCGGAUCUAAAAACAAACCCCGACCACCGGUCAUAAUCACUAGAGAAAGCGCCAACACUCUCCGGGCACAUAUCUUCGAAAUCUCCGGCGGUUCCGACGUUUUCGAAUCCGUUUCCAACUACGCCAGGAGACAACAACGCGGGAUCUGCGUUCUCAGCGGCGCCGGAACAGUAACCGACGUUACAGUUAGACAACCUGGUGCUGCUGCCACCUCAGGAACUUCAGCUGUCGUGGCUUUACACGGUCGGUUUGAGAUCUUAUCAUUGUCGGGUUCUUUCUUACCGCCGCCGGCACCACCUGGAGCUACUAGUUUAACGCUGUAUCUAGCUGGAGGACAAGGACAGGUGGUUGGUGGAAAUGUUGUCGGACGUUUGAUCGCGGCGGGUCCGGUUAUUGUAAUUGCUGCUUCGUUUACUAAUGUGGCUUAUGAGAGAUUGCCUUUGGAGGAUGAUGAACAGAUACAGAUCGGGUCGGGUGGUGUUGGGAAUGGAUUUAAUCCGGAUCCGACUUCUGGAUUACCCUUUUUUAACUUGCCUAUGAAUAUGCCUGGAAAUAAUUCUCAGUUGUCGGGACCUGAUGGAUGGGCUAGUCCCGGUAGCCGGCCGCCCUUUUGAUACAAC